UAUAAAGCUUGGUUAGGUUACCAAAAUUUGUGAAAAAAAUCUUUUGAAAGAAUGCCAGAUCCACUUUGAAACAUGGAAGAGUCUUUUGGGUUGACAUGGGAGGAUUCAACUACCGUUGUUCAGGCGGAAGAGGUCAUCUGUGGAAUCGAAAAUGAAAUCCUCCCAGCAGAGUCUGAAGAAUUCACAGGAGUACAAGAAGAAGUAGUUGAGGAAGUUGUAGAAGCAUCCGAAGAGGUUGUACAGAGUGAUGCACCCAUUAUGUACCUUACUGAUGGUAACAUGUUGGAGGAGAAUGAACAGCCAGUACAGUUCCACCAAGAAAAUCUGAUGGAGUGUGAUGUAACAGAAGAAGUCAUCACUGACCAAUGGGGAGAGAGCUGCCCAGAAGAGAUAGUGGUCGGUUCUGAGGAGGCAGUUGACGGAACUGAAACGGCGGAAUGCGACGUGCCUCUUCCCACCGAUCAGGACGAGUAUACGGCCGCGCGGCCCUAUCCGUGCGAUUUCUGCAGCCGUCGGUUCCGCAAGAAGGCCAACCUGAUGAACCACAUGGUCGCCCAUCAGACGGACAGGCCGCACGGGUGCAACUUGUGCGGCGUGCGGUACAUCAGGAAGUGCGAUCUCAUGAACCAUCUCAAGAUUCACGCUUAUAUUCCUGAAGGGGAUGCUUUGGAGGACGAUGGAUUGCAUACUAUAGAAGAGUUCGCCCAGAACGAUAAGAAGAAGAAAGCCAAAGUGGUGAAACGCAGGAAGAAAAAGAUCAAAGAGGAACUUGAUCAAUUUGAAGCGGAAGCAGAGGCAUCAAGCUCUCGGGGGUACAACUACGUGGACCAUGAAGAGAAAAUCAUGGAUCCUAUAGCCAAGGCCAACAUCAAAAAUGAUUUCGACUAUGAUCAACAGGGAGUGCAAUCCGAGGACCUGGAGCACCGUUUUCCGAUCACGGAUCCCAAGAAGCCCUUCGUCUGCCAACAUUGCGGAGUCGGUUUUGCAAGAGAAAAAGCCAUGUUGUCACAUACAAGGUUACACGCUGAAGGUGACAGUCCGUUCGAGUGCGAAAAGUGCAGUGAGAUGUUUUGGGAUCCCGUGCUGAUGCGGGCGCACAUGAAAGACAAGCACGGCGACCUCGAUGAUUACGAUGACGACGAGGAUGCAGACUAUUCGGAAGAGGACAGCAAGUACGGGACCUUCUAUUGCAGCACUUGCGGAUUAUCUUUCCAUAGGCAAGACAAUCUACGCAGACACCAACGGGUGCACGUGAAGGAGGAGUUCGUGAACGAGAACGAGUUCGGUCACGUGUGCAACGUGUGCGGAGAGUCCUUCCAGGAGGCGCUCGAUCUGCUGGCCCACGCCGAGGUGCACGCCCGGUCGAUCGACUUCCGGUGCAUGAUUUGCGGCGAGAUUUCGACGGACGAGAGCGCCUUGGCCGUCCACGUUCAGGCGAAACAUGGGAAAAAUUUGCCUCCUAAUACUUGUAUGUUGUGUGGUCGUUCUUGCAAAGAUCGACGUACUUUGCUGAAACACUCCUGGGAACAUUCAAAAGAAAAGGUGUUUGCGUGCAGCAAGUGCGCGAAGACGUUCCACAACAAGGCGCGCCUCAAGCGCCACAUGCUGUCGCACCGCAGCAAGGCCGUACAGUGCGACACGUGCGGCGAUGAAUUUCCCGAUGGCCGAUCGUUGAUGAACCAUCGGCACAGCCACAACAACGCGUCCGGAGGGAGGCAGUUCCCUUGUAGGGAGUGCGGCAAGACGUUCGGGUCGAGGAGUUCGCAGCAGAUACACAUACGGAUACAUACCGGUGAGAGGCCGUACGGAUGCAGAUUCUGUUGGAAGGCCUUCGCCGAUGGCGGUACCCUUCGGAAGCACGAACGCAUUCAUACGGGCGAGAAACCGUACGCGUGUGCCGUAUGUCCCAGGGCCUUCAAUCAACGUGUCGUACUCCGGGAGCAUAUCAGGUCGCACCAUUCCGGGCCGGAUCCCAAAUACACCAACAGCAUGACUCCGUACUGCUGUUCGGUGUGUUCGGACAUGUUCGCCACCUCUCAGGACCUGAUCGUCCACCUGAUCCACCAUUGCGACAUGAACACGGCGAUGAAGCGACAGCCGCAGAUCGGGCCGAGAAAGUACAAACGCCGCAGGAAACUGAAGCCGCACGAGCUGGAGAUGAUAUCGAACAGGGUGGAAGACGAGGACAACGACCAUACAGAGGGCUACUUUCAGGAUUUGGCCGAUCAAUUCAAUGAUUUUGAGGAGGAGAGGGAACGAAGAAAGAGGUACAAUAAGAGGCAACUGAAGAAAUCUGCCAAUUCUAAUAAUGCCACGAAUGAGGCGAUUUCCGAGUCGUACACUGAUUUGUACAACAGUUGUUCAUCGGCCAUCGAAAGCAUAACGUCGCUGGUGAUCUCCAAAGCGGCCAAGAAAACGAAACCGAAGGACUUGCGACCGCCCUCGCUUUCUCCGCCGCCCCCACAGUCCCCCCAGCCGCAGGCCGCCCCCAGCCGCCCCAAGAUGAUCCACACGCAAAAGACGCGGGUGGCCGUGGAGACCGGCGACGGCGGCAGGGUGCGCCACAAAACGAAAACUUUGGUGACGAGGACGCAGCCGGCCGAGAUUCGGUCGGCCACCGGCGAGCGCAUCCGGCCUCGCACGAAAAACGUCAACUACCACAUCCUGCAGCUCGACAAACCCCCUCUGGCCACCUUCCCCGAAAAGGACCCCCUCGAAUCUGUCGACGCCUUUCUCAAACAGGAAAGUGUCAUCGUCGAAUCCGAAGAAACUACGGAAACAGUCGAGGACCCGCACAGCAACGGUGUGAUCUAUUUGGACCACUUCGAGCACUCCGCCGAGGUGGCCAGCGAGCAGACGGUGGAAACGGUACCGGAACCAGAGCCUCCUGCGACGGCUGUGGUCACGAGGCGGACGCGGUCGAGAAGUGCGAGCGGCGGCGCCGCAGGCAACUCCAACAGCUUGAAGCCGGGACGGCACGUCAUCGGGCCGGGUAGCAAGGUGAGACUAGUCAAAGAAGGCAUGAUCGUGUCGAAGGCGCGCUCGCGCAAGUCCGAGAGCGACUUCGAACCGCCCGACGCCGUCUCCCCCACCCUCGUCAAGCAGGAACAAUUGCCGUUGCCGCCGCCGCCGCCCGCGAUCGACGAGCCGAGCCCGCUGCACGAGCUGGCCGAGAUAUCGAUGCAGCACGCGGCCACCGCGCACGCGCACAACCUGUUCAAGUGCGAGAUGUGCAGCGAGGUGUUCACCGAUAGGGCGCAGCUGUUGGUGCACGUGCCGAUACACAUUUGAUACUAGAGAGGGGUGGAAGGGUUACACGAUGAACUCAAUAUAAACAACUGGAAGGGACCCUCUGUGAACUGGAUGUGAACGACGAGUGAGGCAAAAAUAUUGUUCAGGCAACCCGCAGUGUUUACGGAUACCUAUCUCUCUCUAUCUUAUUUUUUAUUUAUUUUUUUAUUUUACAAGAAAAGGCAAACUCAACAGGCAAGCAAAGCUGCCCAAUAAAAGAGUU